UCACGCUGUAGUGGAGGAAAAGAGAGCGUGAGCAGAGGAUGAGAAUAGAGCAUCAUUCACCACAGGAAGAGAAGGACAUAGAGUUGGCCUUGGAGUAGACAGAGGCGGAGGGGUUGAGGCAGCAGCCCACAUUGUACAAGUACAGGUUAGAGACGUGGGCUGUGUACAGUCAUAGCUAUCUGCUCCCUCCCACAGCACCUCUCCCCUUUGAGACUACCUGCCCGUGACGACUGUACAGUUUGGGUGUGUGUUGCAUGCGCGCUUUUGUGUAGGAGACGAUGCUUCUAGCUGUGUUUUAUGAAUGGAGUCGAGCAGGUGGGCGGAGCAGCUUAUUGUGAUGUCAGUUAUUCCUCCCUUAGCGAUGCGGGAAAAGCCUCAAGCUGGAGCUCAUCACGAGAAAAACCCCCUCGCUUUCCCACGCAUACAGCCGCUCAUAUCUCCCCCCUCCCUCUUUCCCAUCCGUGCUCCCUUCCUUGGUUCCUCCCUCCGUCCACACCCUCCAAACACUCCUUUACUCCUAUCAGAUGAGCAGAGCCCAGAAUAUAACCCUGGGGUGUGUGACGUCAGAAACCCUCCUCUAUGCUGCAUGAAUAACCCAGCCACAGAGAGAGGUGUUAGAACAGCAGCAGAGGAGACACACAGAAAGAACCAGUGCUCCAUAGAACACAGAACAGCAAGCUGAGCUCCUUCAGAGAGAGAGGGACCGAGAGACUGCGUGCUUGAAACGGAGAGUGGCACGUUGCAGGGGCACGGCGGACACACACCCUCGUCUCCUUCACCACUCCGCUGCCCUCGCCUGGACUGGUCACCGCCUGGUCGACUGACUGGAGAAUCGGGGGGACCGAGAAAGGCUAGUUCAGGGGAUGGUUCGACGGCUGUUUUGGAGGCUGGUUCAGUGACUGGAGGACCACAGACUGACCGCCGGCUGUUUUAGAAGCUGUGGAUCCAAAGAGAGGCUGGAUCAGAGGCUGGGGACUCAGCCUGGCUCAGAGGGCGGUGGACCAUAUUCAGGCUGAGCAGACAGGUUCUGCAUGUGUUCUUCGGGCAGCAUGUUCUGUUUCUGUCUGCAGAGCUCUCUGCUGAAACUCCAGGCUCUGGAGGUGGAUGGCUGUUCCUCACUGGGACCCUCUCCUGACUCCAGUCCCCCACCUCAGACAAGUCCCCCUCCGCCCCUGGGGGGUAAGGACCAGACCCAGACCCUAGAGAACCACCAGGUCCUGUCUCACUGCUGUCCGGGCUCUUUCCACAGCCCUUCACCCUGGGAGGAGAACAGCCCCCCAGCAGCAGCUCACCUGGCCCUGCUGCCGUCCCCUCUGAACCCCCAGAUGGACGGGGGGGUCAGAGACCCCCAGAGCCCAGGGCUCCUAUGCCACAUUACCGAUGGCAACAGCCCCCAGCCGUCCCCGCGCUGCUCCCGCCUCAGCCAAUCACAGCGCUUCAACACGGACCCAGAGACGGCACCCUCGCCACCAUGCUCACAGCACUUCAUUCUGACACGUGGUUUGGGAAGAGCAGAGACGAGCGAGGAAGAAGAGUUCCCCUCCAUUCCUUUGCUUUCCAGACAUAUACACACACUGAAGAAGAAAAUACGCUUGUUUGAGGAAGGUUUUGAACAAGAGAUGAACUAUAAGCCGUCUCACAAUGAUAAAACAGCUGAUCCAGAGAUUCUGAAGCUCAUGACUGAACUAGCCAAGUCACGGAAACAGCUCAAAGAGUUGAAGCUGAAACAAUCUGAGGUGGAGAUGAAAGGACAAAAGAUUCAGGGGGAGAAAGAAAAUAAUGACGGUGGGUCAGAGAUGUGCAGAUACGGUGUCUUCCAGCAGGUGGCAGCAGAUCACCAACAGCAGAGUAAACCCUCCCUGGAGGAGACAGUAGAAGGACUGUUGCGACGCCUCAGAGAGAAACGGCAGGACCUCGGUCUGCCAGACAAUAUGAAGGAGAUGAGCCAGAGACAGAUGGCGCUGGAGAAGAUCACACUCCAGAAAUGCUUGUUGUACUUUGAAAGUCUGCAUGGACGCCCUGGCACCAAGCAGGAAAGGAACCUGGUCAAGCCCCUCUAUGACCGAUACCAGACUGUCAAACAUCUCCUUUGCUCCACUUCUCCUAUAACAACCAUAGAAGAAGAGGAAGGUUCUGAUGAAGACAACAUACAACAAUGUCCCACGACCACUUGCAGGGUGACCUCUGACCCUGCUCCCAGAGAGGAAGACAGCGACAGGGACAGUGACCCAGCCUUUGUGUCCCCAUUGGACGAGGUGAAAGCAGUCAGACAGCAGCCAGGUGUCACUAUGGCCAACCUCCACGAGGCCUCCAGGUCUGAGCUGCUGGAGUUUCUUCGAGAGACGCGGAAAGAGAAAAAGAAACGCGGUAAAGCUCUGAGAGAGUUUGAGGAGCAGUUUUACAAACAGACUGGAAGGACGGCAACAAAAGAUGACCGCAUCCUAUUGGCAGAGGAGUACCACGAGUACAAGAACCUUAAGGCCAAGCUCCGCCUUCUGGAAGUCCUGCUCAGUAAGCAGGAAAUGGCUAAGAACAUUUGACCGUAUCCCCAACAUUAAGUCCAAAACUGAGACCAUCUGACUCUAUCUCUAACACUAAAACCACCUGAGUCUCUCCCCAAAACUAAGACCAUAUGAGUCUUUCCCCAACACUAAACCCAUCUGACUCCCCAAAACUAAGACUAUCUGAGUCUAUCCCCAACACUAAACCCAUCUAACUCUAUCCCCACAACUAAGACCAUCUGAUUCUAUCCCCAAAACUAAGACUAUCUGAGUCUAUCCACAACACCAAACCCACCUGAAUAUUCCCAAAAACUAAGCCCAUCUGACUAUCCCCAACA